ACUCUAGGCCAUCGCGAUUAGGUUCGUUUAAAUGACGUCGGAAAAACUCAGAAAUAAUCUAAAGCUAUUUAUUUUAUCUCGCCACCAUAAACCAUUAUUAUAAUAAUUAUCUAACUAGAAAUAUGGUUCAAGUACACAUAAAUGAUGUCAUUGGAAACUUUGGAAAAUACCAUUUUUGGCUUUGCGUUUUGAUAUUUUUCGGUAAAUUCGGAACAGGGUUGCAUCAGAUGGCUAUCAUCAUCCUAGCUCCUCCCGCAGUUUACACCUGCCCAAACAGUAACUCUACGUGUUGUGACGAUCCUGUUUAUGAUACAACUAUUUUCAGUCGGACUAUUGUAACUGAAUGGAAUUUAAUAUGUGAUAAGUCGUGGCUCAAGGAUUUCACACAAACUGUUUUUCAGUUUGGUGUUCUUAUUGGAAGUUUAUUGUUCGGUAUUGCAUCUGAUAGAUAUGGAAGAAAAAAGGUACUACUAGUAUCAGCGGUAUUAGAAAUGUUUACUGGAGUGGUUGCAGCUUUUAUGCCAGAUUUCUGGAGCUUUACCAUUAUUCGAUUCUUUUUGGGACUGGCUGUUGGAGGUAUUAUGGUAGCCGGCUUCGUUUUAAUCAUGGAAUACGUUGGGACAAUUUACAGAGACGUAAUAUCAAAUCUAUUUCACGUCCCGUUUACCCUUGGUCACAUGGCAUUGGCUCUUUUUGGAUAUGUCAUAAGAGAUUACGUAAUUUUUCAAUUUAGCAUAUCUGUUGCGAAUUUGUUUAUGCUGAUUUAUAUAUGUUUCUUGCCCGAAUCGCCAAGAUGGUUAUUGGCUAAGAACAAAACUGUUAAAGCUAUUACAAUAAUGGAGCGUGUCGCGGAAAUAAAUCAUCUUCCCAAAAACGAAGUUCGUAAACAAGUUGAAACAUAUCAAUUGCAGUCUUUAAGAAUGAGACAAAAGAAAGGAAAUGCUUUAGACUUAUUUCGUACCCCUAAUUUAAGAAGUAAUAUUUUGGUGAUGUCGUUCAUUUGGUUCGUGUCAAGCUAUUGCUACUAUGGAGUAUCCCACUACAUCAGUCACUUGACAGGCGAUAUAUUUAUCAACAUAGUCGCCAGUAGUGGUGUUUGUUUAUGCGGUUGUUUUUUAGCCAUACCACUUGUUAAAUUCAUAGGAAGAAGGAUUUUGGUAAUUACCUUUAACAUCGCCUGUAGCAUUUGCCUCGUAGUAAUCGCCUUCAUCCCUGAAGGUACAGGAUCUGUUAUCAUGGGUUGCAUCGGGGUCUUGUUUAGCUUCAUGUCCUUCAUUGUUGUAUACUUGUAUUGUACGGAGAUGUUUCCAACUGUUGUUCGAAACUCAGCAAUUGGUAUAUCAUCAAUGAUGGCAAGAUUUGGUUCUAUGGUAGCACCAUUUGUAGCUGGUUUGAGACCGCACGGAAAAUGGUGUGCCCCAAUAGCAUUUGGAGUAUUUCCGAUUAUUGCUGCAAUUUUUUGUAUACUUCUGCCUGAGACGAAAGGUAUUGAAUUACCGAUGACUAUAGAAGAUGGUGAAGCAAUGGGAAGAAACAGCAUUCAGCAAAGACAUGCAAGCGCAACGAUAGACGAUAAUGGGGAACAAUUAGCAAGUAUAACAGAAACAGAACAAUAACUUUGCGAAUCUCUAUGAAAAUGUUGCUUAUUUAAAUAACAAAUGGGGCAUUCAAGUUUGAAACAGAAAUAGUUAAUAAUAAUGUUGAAUUAAAAUGCGGAAUCACA